AUGCUCACAGAAUGUGAGAAAUUGCUGGGCGAUGGCCUUUUGCGCCUGCCAGCAAAGUACAGCUACCAUUACAAUCUUAAAGCGGAGGAAGAUUUGAUACAGCUUCUCUUCCGAUCACUAUGCGGCAACGAUCCUCAACGAUUACAAAUACUUUUUCCUGAUGGUGCUCCAAGCGAUCGAGCAUGGAAAUUAGCGGAAGCGCAAGGAGCUCAGGAAGGCGCGGAGUACAGUGCCGCCGCGAAGGGGAAGCGAUGUGGUCAUAUAUUCAAGGCUGGUGAAGGGACAUAUCGAUGCUUGACAUGCGGUGCGGACGACACAUGCGUUCUAUGUAGUCGGUGUUUCGACGCUUCCGACCAUACGGGCCAUCAGUAUCAGAUUUCGCUGUCUCAAGGGAACUGUGGAUGUUGCGAUUGUGGCGACGAGGAAGCAUGGCGAGUACCCUUGUGCUGUGCGAUUCAUACCGAUACGGGCGAAACGAAGGGUAAAGAAAAUAUCAAAAAAGGUCUGCCAUCGGCAUGGGUUGAAGAUAUUCGAACGACUAUCUCACGAACGCUGGAUUAUUUCUGUGAUGUCAUUUCGUGUUCGCCUGAACAGCUUCGUCUACCGAAGACAGAAGAGGGAAUUCGCCAAGACGAGGUGGCAUCUCGACUACGACCAGGAUGGUAUGGCGAGGGCGACGAGGAAGAGGAAGAACCCGAGUUCGCUCUUGCUCUGUGGAACGACGAGAAGCACACGAUUCGAGAUGUGUCCCACCAAGUCACACGCGCAUGUCGAGAACGCUCUAGCUUUGGAGAUCUCAAGGCGCACGAGACGAAUGAAAUUGGGCGCAGUGUCAUCAAGUACUCGAAAGAUUUGAAUAGGCUUUUGCAGGUCUCGAAAAUAAUUGAGCAUAUCAAGGUCACUGUUACUAUUCGUUCGGCUCGAGACACAUUUAGAGAAGGAAUGUGCGGCACCAUUGUUGAAUGGCUGUCGGAUAUUGCUGGCUGCAGCUUCGGUGAAGACAACGAAAUCUUGAGAAAUGUAAUUUGCGAGGAACUUUUGCGUCCGUGGCGACCGGGGAGUGGUGCGUACAAUGCCGACAUUGGAAUGAAAGGCAUUGACGACCACGAACGAAACGAAAAUGCGCCCUACUAUCGUACAGCGAUUACCCUGACAGUAUCUCCCCAAGGUGGUGUCAUUGUUGGAACGGAAGAUGACGACGAAGACGAAGAUGAUGAAGUCGACGAGAACGAGGCGGAUCAAGGCCAGGACGACGAGGAAAUGGAAGGUGAUGAAGAAUUCGUCGUGAAUGAAGAUGAUGACGACGAUUACUCAGAAGUAAUGGACAUUGAGAAUCCACGCCUUCGCCAUCUUCUGGGUAUUGGUUCUGAUGAUGAUGUCGACAUGGGCAAUGCGGAUGGUGAAGGACCAGAAACAGAUGAAAGUACGCCCACAGCUGCACCAACUGGAGACCAGACACAGUCGUUGCAAGCGCCGCAGAACCAAGACGAGACGGACGAUAACUCUCAUGUGAAGAUUCCUAGAACUCCGACUGCCCCAGUCAAACUGUCUGCGGCAAAGACUCCAAGCCACUGGCAAUCCCGACCUGCUCGUCCGGCCGGAAAUGUGCCGGUAUAUGAAAAUCUCAACCAACGUACUCGACUUGAUUGGAUGAUCCUGUUUGACCUUCGCUUGUGGAAAAAGACCAGGAUCGAUCUGCGAGACUUGUAUAUCAGCACCGUUGUGAAUGUUCCUCAGUUCAAACGAGUUAUGGGAUUGCGUCUUGCGUCGCUCUAUACAGCAUUAGCCCAGUUGUAUCUAAUUGCUGACCGUGAACCAGACCAUUCCAUUGUCAAUGUAUCAUUGCAGCUUCUCACAACACCAUCCAUUACCGAAGAGAUUGUCCAUCGAGGUGAUUUCCUCACAAAAGUUAUGGCCAUCCUUUACACUUUCCUCACGACUCGUCAAGUAGGAGAGCCAUGGGAAGUCAAUCCGACCGCCACCCUAGCAUUUGACGCUGGCUCCGUUACCAAUCGACGACUGUACCAUUUCUUCCUCGAUCUUCGUCAUCUUCUCCUCUCCGAAUAUGUCCAGAGCCGUAUCCGUACCGACGAACAAUACCUCCUACAAUUUUUGGAUCUGGUCAAGCUACCGCAAGGUAUUUGCCCGAAUGUGCGGGCCGUUGGCGAGCAUGUGGAGUACGAAACAGAUGCUUGGAUCAGUGCUUCGAUCUUGAUGAGGGAGAUUAAUCGACUGUGUCGUCAAUUUUGUGAAUCGUUCCGUCAUCCAACCGCUGCAAAUGACCCAAACCUUGUGCGAGCGAUCAAGGCUGCUGCUGUUUAUGCCAUUGUCCACUCAACUGGUAUUGAAAGAAAACGGUUUGAUCAAGCCGAGAUCAAGGAGUACAUCAAAUUCAAGCAGCUUCCGCCCUUCGCCUUUGAGGCUACCACACAGGGUCACAUUCAGCGUCAUCGAGUGGUUGACUUUGUUGUCGAUAAGGGCUCUAUUAGUUUCCACCAUGCUCUUCACUACACCCUUUCCUGGUUGCUUGAAUGUGGUCGCGAUAUGAGUCGUAAGACGAUUCGAGACAUUCUGCUGGAUGCUGCCCAAACAGCCAACAAGGAUCAUGUCCACGACAGGCACCUGAGCAACGAGGACCUUCUCCUAGCGAUGUUUGACUAUCCGCUCCGUGUUUGUGCAUGGCUUGCCCAGAUGAAAGCCGGGAUGUGGGUACGCAAUGGAUUGAGUUUGCGCCAUCAAAUGUCGCAGUAUCGUGGAGUCUCUUCAAGGGACUUUGCAUACUAUCGAGAUAUUUUCCUUUUGCAGACUGCUCUUGUCACUUGCGACCCGGACCGAGUUCUCGCCUCUAUGGCCGAGCGUUUUGGGGUGGUGGCAUGGUUUACUGGAGACUAUCAGCCCCGUCAAGGUUACGAAGAUUCUCAAAUUAUCGAUGUGGCCGAAGAGUUCAUACAUUUGCUCAUUAUCUUGAUUACCGACCGUACCUCGCUCACAGUUGACGAGGAUGAUGCGAUGCUCACUCGCGACAACAUCAGUCGUGACAUUGCUCACGUCUUAUGCUUCAAGGCACUUUCAUUCUCUGAUCUUUCCACACGGCUGAGCGAUAAACUUUUGGAGACAGACAUUUUCCAGGACGUGCUGGAUGAUGUGGCUACAUUCCGCCCACCGGAGGGCUUGAAUGACACUGGCACGUUCGAACUCAAGCCGGAGUACCUCGAACUGAUAGACCCAUACAGUGCUCACUACAACAAGAACCAACGAGACGAAGCGGAGAGUAUAUUCAGAAAUUGGAUGGCGAAAAAGACGGGCAAGAAGCCUGCUGAUAUCGUUUUUGAGCCAAAGCUUCGCUCUGUGACUAGCGGAGCAUAUUCUGACCUCUCAACAUUCACAAGGACUCCAUUGUUCGCUCAGAUCGUCCACCACUGCCUCGACUACGUCUUGUGUUCCAAGGAGAAGACGCCUCAAAUUCCUGCCACAAGAAUUGAAGCAUUCUUGCAUAUAGUACUACAUCUUGUUCUCCUUGCCACUAUGGAAGACAAUUCUUCAGAAGAUGAGAUGGAUGACACGCCAACUUCGUCUUUUGUAUCCAAUGCACUAUCAAAGUCGAAAUUAACGCAAACGGAUGCUCAUAUGACUAUCGUGGGACUGCUAGAGAAAGUAUCCGUCGCCACCGAAUUCGAGAGCUGCGGUGCGAAGAUCAAACAUAUCAUCAAAAUGAUGUGGCAUAAGCGACCGAGAUCAUACGCAAAUGCCACUGAAAAGCUGCGAUUCCCAUAUGAACGACUUGACACCAAUUCACCGGCGAGCACUGCUGAAUCUGAGCAAGAACUCAAAAAGAAGCAGGCUUUGGAACGCCAAGCUCGUGUCAUGGCACAAUUCCAGCAGCAGCAGCAAAACUUCCUCAGUUCUCAAGGUGCUUUUGACUGGGGUGAUGAUGAGGACUUGAGUGACUUGGAAUCUGAGACCGCAGCUGAUGCGGAAACCAAGACUUGGAAGUACCCCAGUGGCACUUGUAUUCUUUGCCAAGAGGAGACCAAUGAUUCCAGGCUCUUCGGAACGUUUGCAUUGAUACAGGACAGCGGUAUAUUGCGCUUGACGGAUGUGCAGGACAGAGACUGGAUACGCGAGGCACUCCGGACUCCUGUGAGCCUUGAUCGUUCAAUUGACCACGUUCGGCCUUUCGGUGUUGCGGGAGAGAACCGUGUCAUGGUCAAAAAGCUCGACUCAUCAGGCGGCGAGGUUAUUACCGAGAAGAUUGGACUCAGCAAGGGCUUUUCGUCAAAGAAUACAUUACGUGGUCCUGUCACUACUGGAUGUGGUCAUAUCAUGCAUUACGCUUGUUUUGAAGUCUAUUGCUCGGCCAUUCAAAGACGUCACUCGCAACAAGUUGCUCGAAAUCACCCCGAGCAUUUGAACCUCAAGGAGUUUGUUUGCCCGCUGUGCAAGGCACUUGGAAAUGUGUUUUUGCCUAUCAUUUGGAAGGGCAAAGAAGAGUCUUAUCCUGGUGUUUUGACCACGGAGAAGCCUUUUGAUGAAUAUGUCUCUGCAGGCUUGAAGGCUAACCUUACUCAACCACCUAACGUCCCAAUCUUUGCUAUGGAAAGCGAAAAGAUACCGCACGAUCCUUAUUUCCACAUAGCUACUAAAUACCUCACCAAAUCGCUGGUCGCGCCGCUCGCCACAGCCGUCGAUCAACGGAACCAGUGGCCUUCGACCGCGCCUGUAUCACGACCUACUUCUUGGUCUUUUCAGGGACCCAGGAUUCUUAUGCCAGGCGAAUUUCCCAAUGUUGAAGAAGGGGGUGCAACCAGCCCCAUUCGCCCAGCUGCACCACCGCCGGUAGAAAUCACAACACCAGAACCCGCAUCCGAUCCAAUGUCUGAACUUACGAAAAUCUACCAGAGAUUAAGGAAGACUCUUCAAGCCAAUCACGUCCCAUCACAGUUCUCCCACAAUCAGAAUCCUAGUGCACAUGAAGACCUCAUCCACACCGACUCUCUUUUUAAAAGCUUUGGAUUCAGCAUAUCCGCGUUGGAGAUCUCUCAACGUGGUGUCGAGGCCGACCCCGGCACUACAUUGCUUGACAAGAUACCUCAGCUGACUCUUACCCACCUGCGCGUUUUCGCUGAGACUGCUUAUUCUUACGCUGCUCUUGGUGCAGCCACGAACUACUAUUAUGGCGAUAAGAACGGCACGACAGAAGAGUUUCAUCAGAUCCAUCGUCAGAAACUGUGCCAGCUUUUCAUUGGUCACCCGAUUUGCAAUCAAGGUCCUUUGGUCAACGAAGUUCGAAAUAUUACUCCGUUGUUAGGAGCGGAUAUUUUCGUUUUCCUUGCCGAAGCCUCUGUGGCAUUGGGUCCUCUGUUGAAUAUUGAAAUUAGACAUCUGAUCCAGUUGUGUUAUAUGGCGGAAGUCCUCAAGAUUACCGUCACGUUUAUCCUCUGCAAUCAUCACCUCAAAGAGGAGCUCGCUAGGCACGAAAGCGAUGAUUACCUACAAACAGAAUCGGCAGAGAUCAAAUAUGCGAUUACGCGUAAAUUCUUUGAUGCGGUGGUGUCUGAAAUGAGAGCGAACACCAUUGGACGAGCGGCAGGGUCUUCUAUAACAAGUGGCUACCUUGGUCAAGGUGAAGACUCGAGUACUCCGACUCUAGUCAUGGCUCUGCGACGUCUCAUUUCCAGCUACGCACUGCCAUUCUUGAGAAAGACGGUCAUCCUUUUGCAUGUCCAACAUGGGGUCAAUUUCCCAAACACAGGCUUCCAGGAAGAAACCGCGUCGGAGUUGGAUCGCUUGACCAAACUGCUUCACCUUCCCACCCUGGAUGAGAUCUUUGCGUUGUUCUCAUCCCCGGAAAGUGUCUGCUACCGACUAUUCUCCGGAUGGAUCUUCCACUGGAAUGCCUCGCGGUCAGCUAGUCGAUUCGAAGAUCACCGACUCUGGCCGAGUCUAUCGCAUCCGGCCCCGUUCGAACUCAUUGGUCUUCCGAAGUACUACGAUCUGCUGAUUGAAGAAGCAAACCGACGACGCUGCCCCAACUCGGGUCGAGAGUUGAGUGAUCCAAGUAUCUGCCUCUUUUGUGGCGACAUCAUGUGCUCGCAAGCAGUGUGUUGCAUGGACAGCAAGAAAUAUGGCGGCUGCAACCAGCACGUCGAAAAAUGCGGCAAAAACAUCGGCUUAUUCAUCAACAUCCGCAAAUGCACGGUCCUCUACCUUCACAACCACAACGGCUCAUGGCACUAUGCACCCUAUCUCGACAAACAUGGCGAAGUCGACCCCGGUCUCCGCCGUAAUCGUCAACUCAUCCUCAACCAGAAACGAUACGACAAACUCCUCCGGGACGUGUGGCUUUCUCACGGAAUACCUGCAACGAUCAGCCGGAAAUUGGAAGCUGAGAUUAAUAACGGCGGUUGGGAGACUAUCUAA